GCGUGGCCAGGCAACGCCGGCCUCACCCAUAUCCGCGACGAGAUUCCCAAGGAAGCUGCAUUUCUGCUUUUCGGCCCCCCACUAGGAAGAAAAGCGCGAGAAACAAAGCCGCCGCCGCCUCCAGUUCCGCGCCAGGCACUUUGUAGGCAGCGAUGGCUCUGCAGCGGACCUGGCCCUUGCUUCUGCUCCUGGUGCUGACCCUGCUGGGGUUAGGGCUGGUGCGGCCCUCCUACGGCCAGAACCAAAUGUACCAGCGGUUCCUUCGGCAGCACGUUGACCCUCAGGGGACAGGCGGCAAUGACAACUACUGCAACUUGAUGAUGCAGAGGCGGAAGAUGACUUCUCGUCAGUGCAAACACUUCAACACCUUCAUCCACGAAGACAUCUGGAACAUUCGCAGCAUCUGCAGUACCACCAGCAUCCCGUGCAAGAAUGGCAGGAUGAACUGUCACGAGGGCGUGGUGAAGGUCACCGACUGCAGAGAGACAGGGGGCUCUAGGUUUCCCAACUGCAGGUACAGGGCAGGUGCCAGCACCAGGCGUGUCGUCAUCGCCUGUGAGGGUAGCCCAGAGGUCCCUGUGCACUUUGACAGAUAGAUGCCAUCCCACAGCUGCUCCAGACAGUGACUGGGGGUUGGCCCCGGAGUCGGUGAGGAUAGCAAGGAGCGAUGUGUCUAUCGGAAGGCCUCGGGCUUUGAUUCCGCUGCCCGUGCCUUCCAGCCAUGUAUUCCCGCUAUAACCCAUUGUAUUAAGCGCUUCUUGUCCGGAGAAGGCAACCUCUCCUGGUAGCCGGGCUCUCCCAGAUUCUGUCAUCUGGAACUUAUGCAUUCCAUGUAUUUACACAGUAUUUCAGCUAUUACAAAGUGCCUUUCCGUCCAAGCUGUCUCUGCUACUUUAUUCGGAAGCCUGGAGUUAAAGGGUUUGAAGACCAUGAAAACAGUAGAAGAUCUCAGGCUACAUCCAACCGAACAGGAACUCACACAGGCCCUUACCUACUUCAUUAUGUGUGUUUUCUGUUAUUCCUAAAUGUCACCCUUAAGAAAACCACUAAGAAUUUGGGGGGGGAAUAAUUUGGAAAUAACUUGCUGGCAAAAUGGGAGCUUUGAGCCUGGCGGUGGUGGCGCACGCCUUUAAUCCCAGCACUCGGGAGGCAGAGGCAGACGGAUCUCUGUGAGUUCGAGGCUGGGCUGGACCAACAGCCUCCAAAACAAUACAGAGAAACCCUGUCUCGUAAAACCAAAAAAGAAAAAGAAAAAAAAAUGGGAGCUUUGAGUUACUUGGCAUUAUUAUGGUUUGCUGCUACUAAGCUUUUAAAAAAGCUAUAUCAAAAAAUGUAGUAGAUUACCGAGAUUCUUUUACCCCCUUUAGCUGAAAGAUUUUCCGCCUUUUCAUUAUAAUAAAAAGCUGUCUGUUGAA